AUGAAGUCGGCCUUCGCUGUUGCCGUGCUUGCGGCCCUAUGCGAGGCCGCAUCGGCGGUGUCUGCAGCUCGCGUCUUCACCUAUGAUCCUCAUACACCAGCUCGCCCUCAUCUCGGUGGGAGAGAGCUGGAACCGGUUGCGGCUCGUCUAGUCCUUGCGCAGAGGGCUCAUGUCCAAGAGUAUCACAGCUCAGAUCUAGACCGACAAGAAAUCAUCGAUGCAAUCAAUGAGUUUGGAGUGAAGACUCCAUUGUUUGGGAAAGCGUCAGGCAAGACAAAGACAGCUUUGUUGUUGUUGGAGAACGUGGCAGAGGCAGCAAUGUCUUCCUCCGCACUGAGCUCAUACACCAGUUUCCAAGUCAAAUCCGCACCGAGCUGCGGCGGACUCUUUGUGGACCUCGCCCGGCAAGUUGACGCCACAGGCCUUUCUUCCCUCAGCGACGCACAAACACAGCAAACUAUUAGUGGCUCCCAACACGUGACCGAGAAUGGAGAUAUCAUUUUCAGGACGGCAUCGAUUGAAGAGUUGGAAAACACAUUUGCCAGGCUCGUCAAACAAGAUACCUGGAGUAUCACGGCGCUGAUCACCUGCCGCGGCGGAGAUAGCGAAAGCGCAGAGGAGCCUUCAGUAUGGGGGACAUAUGAGAUGCCGUCUCAGCAAUUCUUGAAGAAGCGUGCUGUUAAGGAACAACCCCUGAUCGAGAAGAAGCGCCCUGAGAGCUCCUCGAACAAAGCCUCGCUGGGAGCCUUGGCCAAGAAGAACGCCACCAUUAUUCGAGGUAUUCUGCCCGCUUGCUUCCAUUCCUUGGCUGAGUGUGAGCGUCGAACUCAGAACUGUAGUGGUCACGGCCAAUGCAGAAAGGAGUACCACGACAAAUCAGCCCCUGUGCCGUACGACUGCUUCUCAUGCAAGUGUGGCAACACGACAACGAAGCACAACGACCUCAUCUCCACAACAUAUUGGAGCGGACCCGCGUGUCAGAAGAAGGAUGUCAGCGUCGAGUUCUGGCUCAUUGUGCUAUUCACGGUUGGAUUGGUAUUUUUGAUCGGGUUUGCCGUUGGUCAGAUCUGGGAGAUGGGUGAUGAGCAACUUCCUAGUGUCAUUGGAGCGGGCGUCAGCGGCCCUACCGCAAGGAAAUGA